GAUGGAGGAUUGAGUCUUACUUGGGUACUUGCUUAGUUGGAUUAAGAUUUUAAAUAUUGUUCAUUUUAAGUUAACUAGAUUCCGACUGGUUUUCUCAGUAUCUUGGAAAAUGUAUGCAAUCAAACGAACUGAUCUCAUCUUUGAACUUAGUCAACGUUGUGUAAAAACUGAAUAUACAGUCGACUCAAACGGUAAUGUUGCUGUAAACAACACUGGAGUGGCCUUGAUCAACUCUCAAGUUUCAGUUGUUGGAACUGCUAAGCCAGGAACUCAAUCAAAUGUUUUUGCUGUCAGCUUCUUCCAAUUCUCUCCAUCUGCUCAAUACUGGAUUGUUGAUACUGAUUAUGAUACAUACUCUUUGGUCGUUUCUUGUAAUGAUGUUCUUGGUUUAUUCAACUUAAAGAAUGCUUGGAUUUUAUCACGAAAACCAAACUUAGACAGCGAUAUUGUAGAUAAACUCGUUGCUAAACUGAAGGCUAUUGGAGUUGAAACCGAUAAACUUACAAAAACCGCCCAAGAUUGUGGCAAUUAAAGGAUGUCAGUUUAAAACAAUCAAAAGCAGAACAAAUUACCAAUUUAAACUUCCAUUACAAUAUG